AACUAAAUUCAGCUACCAUCCAAUAUCUGUUACCCCAAGUAAACCAUGUGGUGGCAGCUGGUUUUUCUGGUGAUUUUCGUGGUGGGUUUGCCUGUUCAAGGCCAGUUGAGAAAUGGGUUUUAUGCCUCUUCUUGUCCAAAUGCUGAGAACAUAGUCAGAUCAACUGUUGAAUCACACUUCCAAAAGGAUCCAGCCAUUGCUGCUGGAUUGCUCAGGCUCCAUUUCCAUGACUGCUUUGUUCAGGGCUGUGAUGGCUCAAUAUUAAUUACAGGGUCUUCUGCUGAGAGAAGUGCAUUGCCAAACUUAGGAUUAAGAGGAUUUGAAGUGAUUGACGAUGCUAAAUCACAGUUAGAGGCCUCGUGCCCUGGUGUGGUCUCUUGUGCUGACAUAUUGGCACUGGCUGCUCGUGAUGCUGUGGACUUGAGUGAUGGACCGAGUUGGGCAGUCCCAACUGGGAGGAAAGAUGGCAGAGUCUCAUCGUCGUCCCAAGCAUCGAAUUUGCCUUCGCCUCUUGAUUCCAUCGCUGCCCAGAAGCAAAAAUUUGCAGCUAAAGGCCUUGAUGAUCGUGACCUCGUUACCUUAGUAGGGGCACAUACCAUAGGCCAAACGGACUGCAUAUUCUUCAGGUAUCGGUUAUACAAUUUCACAACAACAGGCAAUGCAGACCCAACAAUAAAUCCAUCAUUCCUCGGACAACUCCAAGCCCUUUGUCCCAAAAAUGGAGAUGGAUCCAAAGGAGUUGCAUUAGACACAGACAGCCAGACAAAGUUCGAUGCAAGCUUUUUCAAGAAUGUAAGAGAUGGUAAUGGAGUUUUGGAGUCUGAUCAAAGGCUCUGGGAUGAUGCUUCUACUCGUAAUUUCGUCCAAAAUUAUGCAGGCAACAUUAGAGGAUUGCUUGGGUUUAGGUUUAAUUUUGAGUUCACCAAGGCUAUGAUUAAAAUGAGCAGCAUUGAAGUUAAGACCGGAUCGGAUGGAGAGAUCAGACAGAUUUGCUCUAAGUUCAAUUAAUUUAUAUGGUAUGAUGCGACUCGAAUGAAAAAUAUUGUAAUUAU